AUGGCUUUCUUAAUGAAAAGCAUGUUGAGCAACCAGGUAAAGAAUUUAGGACUUGGUGGCGGAGGUGAGGAAAGCAAAGAAGAAAGUGGUCCUUCCGACCCAGCUGCAGCAGCAGGAAUGACUAGAGAGGAAUAUGAGGAAUAUCAAAAGCAAAUUGUUGAGGAGAAGAUGGAGAGAGAUGCAGCAUUUGCACAAAAAAAGGCAGAGAGAGCCUGUCUGAGGGUUCAUCUGAGAGAAAAGUACAGGCUUCCUAAGAGUGAAAUGGAUGAGAACCAGAUACAAAUGGCUGGUGAUGAUGUGGAUUUACCAGAAGACCUCCAGAAAAUGGUGGCAGAGGAUCAAGUAGAAGAAGAAGACAAGGAGUCUAUCCUUGGACAGUUACAGAACAUUCAGAAUAUGGAUAUAGACACUAUUAAAGAAAAAGCUCAAGCCACUUUCACUGAAAUAAAGCAAGCAGCUGAAGAGAAAUGUUGUGUCAUGUGA